AUGGACGCAAUCCCUACGUCGAAUAUGGCUCGCGGCACGAUGCGGUUGGCUGGGGAGAGGCCUGAGCCCGAGUUCAAAUGGAGCUGCGCGCCGUGUCGCAAGCGCAAGAGCAAAUGCGACAGGGUCCAGCCUUGCUCGUCCUGCACACUAAGAGGCACCCAGACAUCGUGCUAUGUCUCCAAUGAAGCGCCGCGGAUCACUCCCACGUCUACGAAAGCGCCCGCAGCUGCGGCGGAAGACACAGCGACAAAGAGACGCCUCGAAGCCCUCUUUGAGCCCGCUCUGUUGGACGUCGGCGCGGGCGAGAGCAAGCGGGCUCGUCAAGCACCGUCGGACAGCAUGGUCAAAUUUCAAGACACGCUCACCAAGCUCUCGCGCUCCAUUCAGAAGUUGCAGCACGAUGGCGUGAAAGGAACGGCAGGCUGGGGUGACACUCGCCCGCCGUGGGGCGACAAGCUCGUCCAGUGGGAUGACCUCAAAGACGUCCUGCCCACUGUUCGGGAGGGUAACCUCUUUCUCGACGUCUUCUUCACCGAGAUGCAAUGGGUGGUCAACUACAUUUCCAAAGACAGGCUGGAUGCGUCUUGGAAGACACUGACGACCGACGGCCGCAUCUCGCGCUUCUCUGCUUCGCUGAUCUGCUCCCUCUUUGCGACCGUCUACCUCCUCUGCCCCUCGGCCUCUGCCGCUCACGAGGCUAUUAAAAGGGAGCCGGAGCGGUUCCGAGUGCUCCAUCGCACAGCUCGAACGCUCCUCAACGAGGGCUCAUUCGCAGACGAUGAAGAGUUUGUCGACGCUGGCGACAUUGUUGGCAACGAGCUGGGCGUCACCUUUGAUCAGCUCCAGGCCUACACCAUGUACGCAUCGUACUGCUCCCUCGCCGGCUUGACAAAAAAGACAUGGGUCAGCGUGGGCGAGGCUGUCCGUCUGGGCAAGGCCUCGGACCUCUUUGACGAGAGCCGCUGGGCCAGGGACAGGCCAUGCAACAGCAUCCUUGAUGAUGACGAGGUCGAGUAUCGGAGGAGAAUGGCGUGGGCACUGUCGACGCUCGACCGAUGGCAGGGGCUUCACUACUACCGCGCCAUCGACAUGGCCGACGACUUUAGCGUUCACCCGCCCAGCUUUGUUUCCGGUGAUCCGAGCGAUCCGGCUGUGCGCUUCGGUCGACUGAUGAUGGGCCAGAGCGCAGUGAUCCGUGACGUCUACCGCUUCGUUCGCAACCUCACGCGGAUGUCUGCCAGCGACCGUCGUCAGCAGGCCGUGCUCAUCGACGGCCGCAUCGAGGCCUGGUACUCGGAUCUGCCCGACUGGCUGAGCUACGAGAAUGCGUGUUGCAAGCUCAAGGCCGACGAUCCCCAGUCGUACAAGCUUGCCGCCCAGGCACUGCUGCUGCACAACUCCAUGUACAAGCUUCGAUGCAUCCUCAUGCGGCCCUUUCUGCUCGACCCUGCAGCGCCGCACGAGAUGCGAUUUGCUGCGUUGCGAAAUGCUCGAAAGAUCUUGGAAGCGAUGCCGCUCCUCGUCACGCUCUCCAACAACCCCUGGACCAUCAUCCCACCCUCGUGGCCGACACAUCAGCUCUUCGUGGCGGCUUCGACAUUCACCAUCGUCUUUCUGUCGUCGCCCUCGGAAUCUUCUGCGACGGAUGGCUCCACGACAUCGUCGGAGAAGCAUGCCUACUCCAAAUGGCCCGAUUGGCCGGCCGAAGAUCUGGACUGGUUCGCUUCCAACGUCUUUGAGGCCAUUGACACCCUCCAUCUCGUUGGCUCUGGCAUGACGGGAGCGACUGCUAGGGUCAGCAAGCGCCUUCUCGUGGGCCUCAUUUCCGAGAGGGAAAAGCUCAAGGAGCGAUUCGCCGACUGGAAUGAGGCCUCCAAUCGGGCGGCCCAGACAAGGGCGCGCAAGGAUACUGUACCCUCGGUGUUGACCGCGCAGGCAUCCUCGCCGCUGUUUACCUCGCCGUCCGAUGACGCAAAGCCAGCCGCGACUGAAAACAAUGGCCCCUUGUCCUCCUUCUCGACAACAUCCACGGCGCUUUUGCCGACCCCCAACAGCACUCCACCCGGUCCGGAUGCCUUUCCGGACUGGCCUUUCAUGGCGCCUUGGGAGUGGGCUGCGCUCACAGACAGCUUUGAUAACGGUCAACUCGACUUCGCCACUUGA